CCUACGACGCCUCUUCACUGUCAUUCACCUCCUUUGCGUUUGCCAGAUUACCGUCUUGACUCGCCUCGUCUUUCUGUUAAACCCGACUGCUCACUGUCUUCUAGAUCUCCUCCCCCCCUCACCUCCUUGUUCCCCUCAAUCAAUCUCAUAUCCGCGUCGGCAUCAACAUCCACGCUUCUAAGAAAACGCACACCCCCAUCAAGAACCAUCUUUCCACUCUAUACCGACAGCACGUGGAGAGGUGAUAGCAAACGCAAACGCAUGUGAUUCUUUUUCACAGUCACAUUCCCAGUCGUCAAGGUGCCGCGACACUCUCUAUCCCACCCCCUCCUUUGUUGCCCAGUUCAACAAUCACUCCCGGACCUGGUCGUCUCGAUAUAGCCUCCCCUCACCGUCACCAUGGCGGGCACGGUCAAGGUUCCAAUUCCUGGACCGGCUCGGUUAAAGAGAUCUGCAGGUCCAGAUGAAUGGCUGGAAGCCGCGAAGAAUUGCAAAUAUCUCUCUGAAUACCACAUGAAGCAACUUUGUGAGAUUGUAAAAGAGUACAUGAUGGAAGAGUCCAACAUCCAACCUGUUUCUACACCCGUGACCAUUUGCGGUGACAUCCACGGGCAAUUCUACGAUCUACUCGAGCUCUUCCGAGUUGCUGGUGGCAUGCCCAACGAAUCCGCUCCGGAAGCACCUGUCACUCCAGCCAACAUCAUCACAUCUGCCGACAUUGAACCGCCUUCGACGAUUACGAACCCGAAAUUGAAGAAGAAACUCAAGCUCGGAGGGGCCGAGCAUCCUGACACACCGAGCGAGAAAAGUGAAAUCAGUGACGCCGAGGAGAUUCCUUCGUCUCAACAAUCGGUAAUUGAAGACGAAAGGUCCGAGUCUGGAAACGUGAUUUCGCGAAAACAGAAUGCCAAUUUCAUCUUCUUGGGCGACUAUGUGGACCGGGGAUACUUCUCUUUGGAAACACUGACGCUACUGUUGUGCUUGAAGGCCAAAUAUCCAGAAAAGAUCACGUUGGUGCGGGGCAAUCAUGAAUCUCGACAAAUUACACAAGUUUAUGGUUUUUACGAAGAGUGUGUACAGAAAUAUGGAAACACGUCAGUAUGGAAGGCGUGCUGCCAGGUCUUUGACUUUAUGACAUUGGGGGCGAUUGUGGAUGGCAAGGUGUUGUGUGUGCACGGUGGGCUGUCGCCCGAGAUCCGAACGUUGGACCAGGUGCGAGUGGUUGCCCGUGCACAGGAAAUCCCACAUGAAGGUGCUUUUUGUGAUCUGGUGUGGUCGGAUCCCGAAGACGUCGAGACGUGGGCAGUCUCACCACGAGGGGCCGGUUGGCUGUUUGGAGAUCGAGUCAGUCAAGAGUUCUGCCAUGUCAACGGUCUCAACCUGAUCGCACGAGCACAUCAACUGGUGAACGAAGGAUACAAGUACCAUUUCAAGAGUCAAGACGUGGUCACGGUCUGGAGUGCACCAAACUACUGCUAUCGCUGCGGCAAUCUGGCGUCAGUGUGCGAAGUGGGCGAGGAUAUGAAUCCGAGCUUCAAGCUAUUCAGCGCGGUCAAGGAUGAACUCCGGCACGUUCCCGCCUCCAGAGGGGGUCGCAAUGAAUAUUUUCUCUAAUGGAUUGUGGAUGGAGCCAGGGAUCGAGAAACAAAGCCUGGAGAGCGAAGGAUAUCCACACAGGCGAGGAUAGGAAUGGGCCAGCGACUGGGUCUAACCUUUUGCCAGCAUUGCACGGCGUUUCUAUUGGCAUCACGAGAUAUAUCAUUGUACAUUACUGCAAAUGCCGACAGAGCCCUGUGCAUGCAAGGACACGGGGAAUUAUUGUUCCUGUGUUAUUGCGGAUAGAUGAUGGCGCCACUGAGGCAAGAUGGUUGGUUAUCAUCGAAGCAUGAGCUUGCUGACAGCGCCACCAACGCCAACAAUGGCGUGCAUGUUGCUUGAGCGGGGCAAUGAGCUAUGACAGAAGAAGAAACGGGAUGACUUUGAUGAAAUUGCAUCGUCUUUCUGUGUGUCCUUUGAGUAAAUAAAUCUUUGAUAUGGG